AUGGCUAGUGCAAAUGAUAUGUGGGAGAAGAAGCUGCAGGAUCCAAGUGCAACUCCAGUGUGUCUGCCACUAGAAUUUUUGAAAGCCAUCACAUGUGAUUUUUCCUCCGAGCGAGAACUCGGCAGGGGUGGGUACGGAGUAGUUUACAAGGGAAUUCUUUCAGAUGGGAAAAGCAUUGCUGUAAAGAAGCUUUUUCACUUACAUGGGCUGGGAGAUGAAAAAUUCCUAAAAGAGGUCAAUUCUCUUAUGAUGACCAAGCACCAGAAUGUAGUGCAGUUUGUUGGUUACUGUGCUGUAUCAAGUGCCGAGGCGGUGGAAUACCCGCAAGGAGGAAGCAAUUAUAUUUUGGCCGAAAGACCAGAAAGAUUGCUUUGCUUUGAGCAUGUAUGUAAUAGAAGCCUUGACAAGUAUAUCUCCGAUGAAUCUUCGGGCCUUGAGUGGAAAAUGAGAUAUAAAAUAAUCAGGGGCAUCUGUGCUGGUUUGCAUUACCUUCAUGAGGAAUGCCAUCUUGUUCAUCUAGACCUGAAGCCUCAAGAUAUAUUGAUGGAUGCUAUUAUGAUGCCAAAGAUUGCGGCCUUUGGUUUGUCAAGGAUAUUUGGUGUUGAGCAAACCCGAACCAUCACUCAAAAUCGUCAGGGAACGAUGGAUAUAUGGCGCCAGAGUACUCAAUUCAAGGCACUAUCUCCGUCAAGGCAGAUAUAUACAGUUUGGGUGUCACCAUUAUUGAGAUACUCACCGGUUCUAGAGACUAUCCCCUACACUUCAACGAGGACAACAGUCCCCAUAGUACAGACACAUCUUUCCAGCACUUCAAAGACAGAAUACUUGGAGCUUGGAGAAAUAGGCUGAAGAUAGGAUCAGGAUACUCUGUGAUGUUGGAACAAAUACAAGUAUGCACUGAGUUAGGGAUACAAUGUGUUGAAUGUAACCCAGACAAUAGACCAUUUACAAAGGAUAUCAUCAAGAAGCUCGGUAAACUGAUUAUUAUGGAUGGACCUAUCGAAAUUGGGGUAAGUUGUACUCCGACGUCAACGGAGGUAUGUUCAAUCACGUCAUAAGACGUGUCCCCAGUGACCCAAGUUUCUUGACAAAUGUUUUUACAUGGACUGGAAAAAUACUCCAUCAAUAGAUGAUGUUUGGACAUGGAUUGUGUAUACAACUUCAACCAUUAUUUUCUUAUGAAAAUUUAUAAAUUUUGAUAUCAUCACACGAUGUAGAUCCAUUAAUCCCUUUUCCAGAUUGUCAAUUUGAAACAACGUGAUGCCCCCAAUCAACUGAACCAGCAGUCCUUGAAUUGCAGAUUAGCCAUGAUCAAGAGGAAGGCUCUGGAGACCAUCAUGCCAAAUUGACGGAUGUUUAUGAGAAUAUCGGACCAGCGAAGACCGAAACUGAGGUCAAAGUACCGCUUUAUCGUAACCCAGAUGAAGGAGAAUCGAGCAGAGCUCGGGUUACUAGCUCGCCAGGUGAACACGCAGCCCUCCAAAGUCCCAAAUUGAGUGUCCUCACUCUUCUUUUACACCUUUCAUCUUUUUUCUCAGACCAAGCUUACAAACAUCAUGUC